GUACUAAAGAAUAUGUGCAACAUAAAAACUAUCUACAUCAAUAUAAACUAGUACUAAUAAUUUUUGCACUUUCUGUUGCUUGUUUUCAAACCCCCCUAAACUGAUUGUUGGAUAUAAAGGACAGACCCAGCCUAGGCACGAAUAUAUGAAGAAUUUCUUUUUUUUAUUAUUAUUGAUUUUUAACUUUACUUACACUACCGAAAACAAGACUAUCUAAAUCAAAAAGAAUAUAGAAACAAAAUUUUUGAACUCCAAUUGCUCAUCAAGAAAAAGAACAGAGGAGAAUUGACUGCUGAAAGAAGAGCUGCGCAGUCAAGCAGAAUGGACUUCUGGAGGAGAAAAGGAAGGUGGCCUAUGUUGGUCUGUCAGUGUAUGUGUAUUCGUAUUCCAAAUGCAGACAUGUUUAGAUGGUCUGAGAUUCGCAGCUACAAAAUGGAAGUACAUUUUAGUUUCGUUUUUAAUAUUAAUUCUCCUCUUAUAAUGGACCAAAGCUCUAUAAAUUAUAUUAUGCAGUUUAUACUUCAAAUGUUCUUGAUUCUUGCUAGUGGGGCCUGUUAUACAUCCUCAACCAUCCUUCUAAAUAAAAAUAUCACCAUAUAAUUUUAAAAAAUUAUUCACAUUUAUUUUUAAACGAUUAUUGUAAUCCACGUGCGGAUAACAGGUGAUGCCAUUUAUUUCUCGCGCUCUUUGCUGUGGACAGGUGUGGCAACCAAUGCUGGUAGUGAUGGUUUACGACAAGUGCCCGCGAGUGAAAAAUACAGGUGAUUGACCUCGCGACAUUGCUUGUGUGAUAUACGCGAUCAACUCUAAUUGAAAAAGCAAUGAAAUGGAUUCAAUCAGCCGUCUUUACUUCACAGGAAUAAAAAUUUAAAGAAACAAAACUAUUGGUAUUUCUAAUAUUUUAAUGAUACUGAGAUCUGUCAAAACAAGAACCUACCAACCAUCAAAAGAACAUUUUGAAAAUUGCUCUUGCAAUGAUACAUGCUAAAACACAGAAUGACGCACACACGGUAUGCAAAUCGCUAGGCUUAGCAGAGUGACGUGGAUUAAUGCCACGCAGAGACUGGUCAGUGCAAGUUGCAUCAGUUUCCACGCCUUGAGAGCGGUGAGGUUGAAGUCGGAUUUUCCCACAAGAAUUUCAAAUUGUGCAAGUGCGAUGGAUUCUCGCAACAAAGUUAUUUGCCUUUUCGAUGUUGAUGGGACACUCACCCGACCGGUGCAGGUAAUAGAUACGGAAAUAAAAAAUUUUCUAUUGUCAACUUUGAAACCUAAAACCACUAUUGGUCUGGUUGGAGGCUCUGAUAUGAAGAAGAUUACACACCAAAUGGGAGGAGGAGAUGUGUGGAAACAAUAUGACUAUGUAUUUGCUGAAAAUGGUCUGGUGGCAUUUAAAAAUGGAGAGCAAAUUGGUGAACAGAGUAUACAAGCCUUCAUUGGAGAGGAGAAACUACAAACCUUCAUCAAUUAUUGCCUCGGAUACUUAUCAAAAUUGACUCUUCCUGUUAAAAGAGGUACAUUUGUGGAAUUUAGAAAGGGCAUGUUGAAUAUUUGUCCAGUUGGAAGAAGCUGUAGUCAGGAUGAAAGAGUAACAUUCACAGAAUAUGACAGAGAACACAAAAUUCGAGAAACAUUUGUUGCUGACAUGAAAAAAAAUUUUUCACAUUAUGGACUUUCUUUUGCUCUUGGAGGGCAAAUUAGUAUUGAUGUAUUUCCCAAUGGCUGGGAUAAAACAUACUGUUUACAGUACCUGGAGAAGGACAAUUUUCAGGAAAUCCAUUUUUUUGGAGACAAAACAGAUGCCGGAGGAAACGACCAUGAAAUAUUUAAUGACCCAAGAACAAUUGGUCACAAAGUUACAUCACCACAUGAUACAAAAUCUCAAGUUGUUAAACUUUUUAAUUUAUAAAACCUAUGUAGGGUUUUUGUGUCCAGUUGUUACAAGAAAUUUAAAAAAGAAGAGUAUUUAAAUUUUGUUAUAAACAUUAAUUUAUGGUUAAAUUUAACUAAAUGAUAUAUGGAAACUCACUCUAGUCCAUCAAUGAGAACCAUUUGAUCAUAAUUUUAUCAGUUGUCAAAAAAUUCUAGUUUUAAGAAAUUUAAUUUUUGCCAGUUUUGCUUCUUACUUUCCUUGUAAUUCAUAUUAAUGUUUGUGGACAUUAAGAUAACCAUUCAGUACACUUAGUUAAAGAAAAAACUAGUUUAAACAUCGUAAAGAAAAUGUUUUAAUCAGUUUUUUCUUCUACUGCAGUGGCUGUGAUUCAAUUACUGCACAUUAUGUGAUAAAAAGUUAAAUACUAAAUUAAAGGAGGCAAAUAUUUUAUUUUAAGUGUACAUUAAAGAAGAGAAUAUGAACUUCCAUGAUAGUCUUUAACUUCAGAAUACGUCAAUAAUUUUUAACGUAGUAUUUUGCUACUUCUCCCUUGGACAUAAAGAGAAUUAUUACUAAAAUAUUAGAACACAUUGAGCUUAAAUUUUGUAUGAAAUUUCGUAUUAUUGAACAGCAUGAAUCCUACUCCUUCUUUUUAACUUUCUUCCUCUAAAGUUUGUGCUAACAUUGCCUGUGUGAAACUGUUCAAAAAGAAAUGAAAGGCAAUAAUGGCAAUCUUAUUCCUAGUCUGUGAAUGACUACAAAUUAAAUGUAAAUUUCUCUUUUGAGACAAAAUUGUUUCAGUCUUAGACAAAUGCUCCCACUCUCACAGAUGUUACUUUGCAAAAUGCAUUUCUAUAUUAAUAAUUCUAACAGUAAUUAUUAUAUUUUGUUUUCAAGAAUGUGCUACAAACUGUUCAGACAGUUUUCUUACCUAUUCCAAUAAAUUCUUUUUGUUAUUCAAAGAUCAUGUAAGUUGGUCUAGCUUCUCAUUUA